AUGUUCAUCACACCCACUGAGAAGUUCUUCGAAGAGGUCAACGACGUCGUUAAAAACGACGAGACUAUGCAGAUCCCCAUGGAGGUGUUGAAGCAGUUCGGUGAACUUGGAGGUUUUGGCGCUGUUGUCCCGCCGGAAUACGAAGGAGCCGGUAUGUGCAACAGUCAAAUGGCGAAACUCGCUGAAACCAUCGGCGCCCAUGAUCUGGGAUUUGGAGUUGUGAUGGGCGCUCAUCAGUCAAUCGGAUACAAGGGCAUCCUUCUGUAUGGUACUGAUGCUCAGAAGAAUAAAUAUCUACCGGAUCUGGCAACAGGACGUAAAUUCGCAGCGUUCUGCCUUACCGAACCGAGCAGUGGAUCUGAUGCCAAUUCAAUCAGAACUCGUGCCGAAAAGUCCGCCGAUGGAAAGCACUACAUCCUGAACGGUGGUAAAAUCUGGAUCAGUAACGGUGGCUUUGCGGAUGUGUUCACAGUGUUUGCACAGACUCCGGUAAAGCAGCCCGAUGGCAGUACGAAGGACAGAGUGUCAGCGUUUAUAGUCGAGCGAGCUUUCGGCGGUGUAACUAACGGUCCACCAGAGAAGAAAAUGGGUAUCAAAGGAUCCAACACAGCCGAAGUUCACUUCGAAAAUGUUAAGGUAAUGAUUUGA